AUUCAAGUGUGAUUGAGUAUAUUGUGUAAAGCAAUUCAAGAGGGUUAGCAAACCAUGUCUCUUGCAGGGAAGCUUGUGAGUGAAAUAGAAAUAAACGUAGCUGCAGAGAAAUACUACAAAGUCUUCAAAGAUCAACCUUUUAAUGUCCCAAAUAUUUCCCCAAAACUUGUUCAACAAGUUGAACUUGAUGAAGGUGAUUGGGACAACCAUGGCCAUGGCUCCGUUAAGACGUGGAAGUACACCGUAGAUGGAAAACCUGAAGUUUUCAAAGAGAAAGCGGAAUUUGACGACGAAAAAUUUACAAUCAUCAUGAAUGGACUUCAAGGAGAUGUGUUUGAGCAUUACAAAACUUUCAAAAUAAUAUAUCAGGCCGUGCCUAAAGGUCCCGAGCAUAGUUUAGUAGUUCUAAGCGUGGAAUAUGAGAAACUUGAUGAUGAGAUUCCUUAUCCCUACAAGUACCUCCACGCCAUGGCUUGUGUCACAAAAGAUAUUGAACCUUACCUUAAAAAGUGACAACCUUUUAUGUCUCGAUAAAAGCUUCGUCGGUUAUUGUAGUUUUGUUACAUAUUUUACUCUUGUACUUCUUUAUAUGCUUGCUUGUUAUUGAAGGCGUGUAAAAAUAAAUAAAGGUUAUCCUGGUGUGUAAUUAAAGAAGCUAGAUGAUUAUGUUUACAUAAAUUAUAAUGCGUUUUACAUGAA